CAAGUUUUCCUUACAUCAUUAGUAUCCUAGCUGUGAGUCUAUUUGUAUUUCAAACUAAAUUUAUUGAAGGAUGUCUCUGUCUCAGUUCAACCCGCGAUGAACUAUUUAUGAUUUCACAGUUUGUAAUAAAAAUACAAGCAAAAGGGUAUCAGGAUUACAAUCACCCUUAUUACAAUCGCUCGUACAAUUUUUCGUUACUGAAAACUUAUAAGGUAACCCCAAAAGCUUAUCAAUACGUGCAUCAAAAUAACGUAAUCACUCCACGAUAUGAAUGGUAUGAUUGUGGAGUUGAAAUGGCAUACAAUGAAACUCUUAUAAUUAGUGGAGUAUUACAAAAUAAUGUACCUGCCACUGACUACUGUUUUAUAAUUAUAAAAGGAGAAGAUAAUAUUAGAAGAUUUGAUGGUUUUUAAAUUCGUUGAAAUAGUAACGCAUUUUUGUUUUUUUUUGUUUUCAUAAUAAUUUUACAUCUUUUAUUAAACCCACAUGAAGUCAAAAUAUUGUAUAGUCAUCCCGGCGAAAGCUUGGGAUUUUUCUCCCACCACGGUUUCUUCCCCCACUCUUUAAAUGUUGGUUUUGGUGGCUUUGCACAUGCGCACCUUCAAAUGGCGCAUGCGCUGAUUCUAAUAUCAUGGUGGUAGGGGAAAGAAUUGGUGGGAAAAAAAUCCCAAGCUUUCAUCGGGACGACUAUAACAGGUAUUCAAACAUUACACAGUUAAAAAUUUUGUGUUAAAAUCCAAAACAUUGCGUUUGUGUUAAUCUUUAACACAAAUUUUGUGUCAAUCAAUCCGGAGUUUGAAUGUUAAAAUAAACUCUCUUUCAGUGUAAAUUUAACUCCGAGUCCAUACCCGAUGAAAAAAUAUUUUAUACAGUUGUAUAAAAUUAUAUAUAAAUUGGAUAGAAAAAAUGGCCUGAUCCAAUUGUAUACACUAAAAAAAAUAAUC